AUGAAUACUGAAAUUUCAAGAGCAGAAUUAUUAUAAUGGGUUAAUGACACCUUAAAACUUUCACUCUAAAAAAUUGAAUAGCUUGGUACUGGUGCAGUCUAUUGUUAAUUAAUUGAUGCAGUUCAUCCUGGUAAAGGUAAGUAUUUGUUUAAUCAAUCUGAUUAGUUGUUUUGAAUAAGAUAAAUUGGAAAGCCAAGCAGGAAUAUGAGUUUGUGAACAAUUUUAAAGUACUCUAGCAGGCUUUCUCUAAAUUAGGAAUUUAAAAGCCUAUUGAAAUUGAAAAAUUAACGAAAUGCAAAUAUCAAGAUAAUUUAGAGUUUCUAUAAUGGUUAAAGAAAUAUAUGGAUUAACAUGUUGUACCUAAAGAUUAUGAUCCUUAAGCUAAAAGAGGAAAUGCAGAAUUAGAUGAUUAACCAGCUAUUGUACCCAAAAGGAAUCCAGAGAGAUCAAGAACAAGCAUAAAAAAGGAUAUUUUUAAUAGUCCAAAUCAGCUCUAAUCUCAAAUAAGUAUUCCUAAAACUAAUUCUUUUGCUCAUAUGGAACCGUAUUAAAAAAAGUAACCGUCCAUGUAAGAUUUACUUAUUUAAAUUGAAACUCUCAAAUAAGAAAAAGAGUAUUACUUUUAAAAAUUCAAGGAUUUGGAUUUCUUUAUUGAAGGAGCUUCUUAAUUAACUCAAGAAUAGAUGUAUAAAGGAAUAAGGGAUAUCUUAUAUUUUACUGCAGAUAAAUCAGUCAUUGUUUUACCAAAUGGUGAACUAGAAGUUUAAGGAUUACCUCCCUCAUCCGAAGAGCAAUCUUUAUCAUAAGAAGUUAUGUAAUAAGAAAUAGAUUUAUGAAUUUAUUUAUAUGAAAUCUUAG